GACCUCCGUGGGACUUGUGCUAACAGUCCCUGUGUGCCCCAUCACAGCCACGGCCAACUCCGAAUUGUUGGGGAACUGAAGCCAGGGCUGUGUGGCUCCGGGAUCGGUGGGCACUCAGAGGACCAUGAGGCAGUAGCAGCCAUGCUGCCCUUCCUGCUGGCCACACUGGGCACCACGGCCCUCAACAACAGCAACCCCAAGGACUACUGCUACAGCGCCCGCAUCCGCAGCACUGUCCUGCAGGGCCUGCCCUUCGGGGGUGUCCCCACUGUGCUGGCCCUCGACUUCAUGUGCUUCCUGGCCCUGCUGUUCUUAUUCUCCAUCCUGCGGAAGGUGGCCUGGGACUAUGGGCGGCUGGCCUUGGUGACAGAUGCAGACAGGCUCCGGCGGCAGGAGAGGGACCGAGGUUCUCAGUCCCGCCCCCGCCCCAUCACCACCACCACCUGCCUCCACUUUGCAUACUCUUUUCUGCUGUGCCCCCUGAUGGUCAACCCCGGAACUGCAGGGCCUCUUAGCAUUCCUGCUUCACCCACCACAGGCAGCAAGCCCUUGAAGAUGCCUUCCUACCUGCCUGCCUUAAGGCUGCAGGUGUUGGGUCCCAGUGUGGCCUCAGCUAUGCACGGGGACAGUCACGACCGGUAUGAGCGGCUCACCUCUGUCUCCAGCUCCGUCGACUUUGACCAAAGGGACAAUGGUUUCUGUUCCUGGCUGACAGCCAUCUUCAGGAUAAAGGACGACGAGAUCCGGGACAAGUGUGGGGGCGACGCGGUGCACUACCUGUCCUUCCAGCGGCACAUCAUCGGCCUGCUGGUGGUCGUGGGCGUCCUCUCUGUGGGCAUCGUGCUGCCCGUCAACUUCUCAGGAGACCUGCUGGAGAACAAUGCCUACAGCUUUGGGAGGACCACUAUUGCCAACCUGAAAUCAGGGAACAACCUACUAUGGCUGCACACCUCCUUCGCCUUCCUGUACCUGCUGCUCACAGUCUACAGCAUGCGGAGACACACCUCCAAGAUGCGCUACAAGGAGGACGACCUGGUGAAGCGGACUCUCUUCAUCAACGGAAUCUCCAAAUACGCAGAGUCGGAAAAGAUCAAGAAGCACUUUGAGGAGGCCUACCCCAACUGCACAGUUCUGGAAGCCCGCCCCUGUUACAACGUGGCUCGCCUUAUGUUCCUGGAUGCGGAGAGGAAGAAGGCCGAGCGGGGAAAGGUCUACUUCACCAACCUGCACAGCAAGGAGAACGUGCCCACCAUGAUCAACCCCAAGCCCUGCGGCCACCUCUGCUGCUGUGUGGUCCGCGGCUGUGAGCAGGUGGAGGCCAUGGAGUACUACACGAAGCUGGAGCAAAAGCUGAGGGAGGACUACAAGCGGGAGAAGGAGAAGGUGAACGAGAAACCUCUUGGCAUGGCCUUUGUCACCUUCCACAACGAGACCAUCACAGCCAUCAUCCUGAAGGACUUCAACGUGUGCAAGUGCCAGGGCUGCACCUGCCGGGGGGAGCCGCGAUCCUCCUCCUGCAGCGAGUCCCUGCACAUCUCCAACUGGACCGUGUCCUACGCCCCCGACCCCCAGAACAUCUACUGGGAGCAUCUCUCCAUCCGAGGCUUCAUCUGGUGGCUGCGCUGCCUGGUCAUCAACGUGGUCCUCUUCAUCCUCCUCUUCUUCCUCACCACCCCGGCCAUCAUCAUCACCACCAUGGACAAGUUCAACGUCACCAAGCCUGUGGAGUACCUCAAUUCUGCCCACAGCUCCGGGGAGAACAGGACAACCAUGCACAAGUGCUACACCUUCCUCAUCUUCAUGGUGCUGCUCCUGCCCUCCCUGGGACUGAGCAGCCUGGACCUCUUCUUCCGCUGGCUCUUUGACAAGAAGUUCUUGGCUGAGGCCGCUAUUCGAUUUGAGUGCGUGUUCCUGCCGGACAACGGCGCCUUCUUCGUGAACUACGUCAUUGCCUCCGCGUUUAUCGGCAACGCCAUGGACCUGCUGCGCAUCCCGGGCCUGCUCAUGUACAUGAUCCGGCUCUGCCUGGCGCGCUCGGCCGCCGAGAGGCGCAACGUGAAGCGGCAUCAGGCCUACGAGUUCCAGUUUGGCGCAGCCUACGCCUGGAUGAUGUGCGUCUUCACGGUGGUCAUGACCUACAGUAUCACCUGCCCCAUCAUCGUGCCCUUCGGGCUCAUGUACAUGCUGCUGAAGCACCUGGCAGACAGGUACAACCUCUACUACGCCUACCUGCCGGCCAAGCUGGACAAGAAGAUCCACUCGGGGGCCGUGAACCAGGUGGUGGCAGCGCCCAUCCUCUGCCUCUUCUGGUUGCUCUUCUUCUCCACCAUGCGCACCGGAUUCCUAGCCCCCACCUCUAUGUUCACAUUCGUGGUCCUGGUCAUCACCAUUGUCAUCUGUCUCUGCCAUGUCUGCUUCGGACACUUCAAAUACCUCAGUGCCCACAACUACAAGAUCGAACACACGGACACAGAGACGGACUCGGUGGACCCCAGGAGCAACGGGCGGCCCCCAGCUGUUGCCACCGUCCCCAAGUCUGCGAAAUACAUCGCUCAGGUGCUGCAGGACUCAGAAGGGGAUGGGGAUGGGGGUCCCGGGAGCUCGGGGGACGAGCCCCCGUCCACCUCCUCCCAAGAGGAGGAGCUCCUGAUGCCGCCCGACGAGGGCCUCACCGACACAGACUUCCAGUCUUGCGAGGACAGCCUCAUCGAGAAUGAGGUCCACCAGUGAGGGGGGGCCCUGGAGGUCACCCCACCCCACCCUGCCCCACCCCCACGGACACUAAAACGCUAAUAAUUUAUUAGAUCUAAGCCCCUUUGUCCCUCAUCCCUGCUUUCAUUAAGGUAUUCAUACCUGGGGGGUCUCGACCCCUCCCCAACCACAGAGGGAGGGAGCCCCCCCAAAUAAAACCUCAGUGAGGAGAGCCCCGAGCCGGCCCCGGGGCAAAGAGGGGUAUGGAGGGAGCCCCGCCCCCAGAGCAGUGCCCCCCAGGCUAGCAGUGUAGCUAGAAAAGGGUUCAUGAGAGUCAAGAGGGAACCUGGGGCCUGGCUGGAGACCUGGGGUGCACAGCAGAUUGAAGGGCCACCUGCUGGUCCGAACCCCAACUCCCCUCUGGGCCCUGGCACCCUGCAGGUGCAUGAGGGGGUGGGGGUGCUGGGUGGGCA